UUGUCAUUCCGAAAAUCGGUGCGUUCGGUGGUUAUUUAAAAUUCAUCGCUCGCGCAAAUACGAAUUUGGAGCCUCGAUCGACUCUUGAGAUUUUUGUCCCCGACAAAUGAAUUUGAACUCGACGACUAAAAUAUCGAAUCUAAUCUCGUCCGGUUUGAACCCGUCUACAGCUCGCUCCCGUGACGAUGCUGGCAUCGUCUCCGGGAACUCCGAUUGUGAUGCCGCAUUCGGCUCUAACGGUUUAAAAUUUAUUCCUUUCUAAAGUAUCGAGUCUAGUGCCAGUUUAAAAAUUAAUCGGUCAAGACGAGCUAAGAUUUUCGUCUAAGUAUUUCGCUCGAUUUAAGUCAUCUCUAUAAAUUCGGUACAUGCGCUAUUUGGGGUAGGCUUUUCAAAUAAAUCGAAAUCGGAACCAUUGCUGGCCAAUUAUGUUUCCUGUUUCAAAAUCCAAGAAAAAUCUUUCUCACAGUGUUCUCUCUCCUUAUCUCCUCACGUACACUACGCAGAUUUUUCUAGUCUUCGUUCUCAUCCACGCACGGGAGGAAAAUCUUCUCUGCGCUUCUAUCCACCACCGCUCAAUCGUUUGAUUUUUUUUUUCGCGCAAGCUUCUUACCUCCUGCGCGCAGAUUGCUUCUUCCUGCUGCACGGCAUGCCGGAGAAAGAUAUGUCUCUCAGAUUUUUUCUUCUCUACCGAUUGCUUUGCUCCUGGCGUGAUUUUUUUUCUCUGCGAUUGAUCUCAUCCCUGCACGGCUCUAGUGGAAAAAUCCCGCCGCCCCUGGGCGCUUCAAAAAUCCAGCCGACGCUCGCCCCUAUCUUCUUCCUCAGCCCAGCCGUCUUCCUGGGCAACCGCGUCUCCUUCUUCCUCCCCCUGCGUCCCUGUUCGGUUCCUGCGCACGCUGACUCCCUGCGUCGCGAGCUUCAGCUCGGAUUCCCCCUCCCAUGGCUGCCGAGCAGCUCGCCGGAAUUCCACGCUCGGUGCCUGGAUCUCCCUCCCUGCAGCUCGCUCUCUCUCCCUAGCUCGCUCGCUCCUGGCCUUCCCCUGCCGGCGCGCCUGUUCCCUGGCCGAAGCCACCUGGUCCCAGGUCCGGUCGGCCGGCUCAGUUUUUCCCAGUGCCGCGCGUCGUGCUUCCCCUUCCAGCCGACCGAAGCUCCAGCUCCAGCCAGGCGCGUCCGGCUCCCUAGGCGCUUGACCAUCUGCUCGCCUGCUUUCCUGCCAGUGCUGCCCAGUGCCUCUCUGCUAGCCGCGCGCCCCUGUCUUAUUUCCCUGCGCACCGUCGUGUCCUCAGCUAGCCGGCUGCGACCCCUGCUCGGAUUUUCCCCUAUGGCCGGAACCUUUUUCCUGGCCGCAGCUCAGAUCUCCGGGGCCGCGAGCUCCCCUAAGCUCGCCAUGGCGAUUUCCACGGCUGGCAGCUGACCUUCCUGUGUCGCGUCCUGACUUUACCCAAUGCCCGGUCGAGCUCUCUGACCGCCGCGCCGUGAAUUUUCCUGCGCGCGUGUCUCCUUGCUCACGCGUCGCCGUCGAGUUCUCUGGUGUUUGCGUGCCAUGAAGUUCCUCUAGCGCCGUGGCUUCCCAAUUCCAUCUAGUCACGCGCGCGAAUUUUCUUCGCCUCAGCCUUAGCUCGUCGGUCACGCUCGUCAGAUGUGCGAUCGAGGACUUCAGCUGAAGGCCGUCGUCAGACAACUACCAAAUCGAGUUGUGAUAUGGUGCGAUAAUUAAUCACGUGAUGCGGAAGAUGACUCAAGUCGACCCCAAGCACGGGCUACUCCGCAUGGAGAUGCUGAUGAAUGAACCUGCCUGAUCAAGUGUUAGGACAAGGAUGAUCGUCAAGUGAUCGACGUCUAACAAACACUAACCUAGUGUUUCUUCCAGGCAAGCCCCGGUGCAUUUGCCCCUUCCUUGUGUUUUAAAUGCUUUUUCACCUUAUCUGAUGCAUUAGGUGAUAGGAGUUGUGUGAUAAACAAUUGAUGCAUUACCAUUCCUUGGAAACUCCUUAAUCCCGGUUUUAUAAAAAGAACUGAUAAUGCUUAGCCCUGCUUAGAAACUGAAAAAUCAUUUGUUUUCAAAAAGAAUGAUUGUGGCACAUUGGUUAUGGGCCUUUCGUUUCAAAAAUCAAAGCAAACUUAUGGUGAUGAUUCCACUUCGGCCGGAGUGGGUUCAUCAUUUGGAAAAGAGUACCCCUGCCGGGUACCAAAAAUGGGAAAAUGGUUCGAAUACAUCUAGACCAGACGUUGAGCGGACAUGGUCGCCCGUCUGUGUCGAUUAAGGACCGUUCGAUGUAGGCCUGAUGAUGUGAGACUUUGCAACUAACCACAUGCUCCGAUAAGCCUGAACCUGGCUAUUCCAUACGUGAAAAGACAACCGCGCACUGGGCGUGGGAGAUGGUGGGAGUAGCGUGUACCCUCCUGGCUAGAGGCUGGAUGGAGGAGUACUGUGCUCCCGGGUAGCGCGGACCGGUUCACGUUGUGGAGGAUCUAUGGGAACGGUUGACAUAUGCAAGGGUUAAGUGCUACAUAUGUCGUGUGGUUAGGGAUCCCCAGCUGGGUAUAAUCGGUUCGAAUCGUCGUUGCUCCUCGGUUAUGGAGACUCGACUCACUGACCACUCAUCGUAGUUGACAAGUGAAACAUGAUUGUAGUUGGUUAAAAGAAAGCUAGAUAAGGACAAGUGAAUGCUCUAGAUUAGGCAAAUCUAGAUUCAGGAAAAGUACUAAACUUGUGAAGUAAAAUUUUGGCAUAAGGAUUUACUAUUAGUAAGCUCUUCUGCAAAACAGAGUCUUUGAUUCUUGAUAAGCCAUACCUUGACUCCCUCUAGCCAGCAUACCCUUGAGAGUCUUUUCUUUAGUCGGGUAAGUCUUGCUGAGUAAUUACGUACUCAGGGUUUUAUUCCCUGUUGUUUUUCAGGUCAUAGUUUUGUGCUGCUGAUGGUGGUGUUAAGUGCCGGUGGGCUCGGCCUUCUUAUAAGUUUAAGUAACCCUUCUAUACUUCUUAAUGAGGAUGGUCCCUUGAGCUAGCAUAUAUAUUUCAAACUUAUACUUUUGCAAUCACUCCGAUAAAAUAAUGUAAAAUUUUUGUAACUUGUAAAAUUUGGUAACAAGAUUUCCGCUGCAAAAAUAUUGGUGUGUGUGAUUUGUGUUACUUAAUCCCACAGUUCUGGUUGUAAGUGGUUUAUCCGGUGUCCUUGGGGCAAUCGGACGGAUCCUGUUAAGUUAUCUGGUGCACAUGCAUAGCAGUCUGAGGUCUUUGAGACAAGGACAGGUGCAUGUGGACCCAAUAACUUGGGAGGUUCUGCCACAGCUGGUAUCGGAGCAGGAUUAAGUAUAAUACGGUCACAUACGUAUUUUAAAAACAAAGUUUUGGUUUUAGAAAACCUAUUUUCAACUAAACCCAUUGUUUGGCUUUGAAAAACUAUAAUGCUAGCGACAUCCUCUGUUAAGCCCUAAAUUAAGGACUAUUAGGUGGCUUAGUUUAAAACCACUAACCCACAACCGGGGGUAUUGCAUACAUGUGUAUUGUUAUUUUUAAGGCCAUUCAAUUUUGAAUGGAUCGACGCUCAAGGUAAGGUGAGAUGUGAGAGCAUGACCGAACAAACGUCGGUCUAGGGAAGUGCUUAAUUGAAGCGCUUGAAUAUAUACAUGUUCUACAUAUGUAUAUAUGAAGGCUGCGAUGUGGAGUAAUUACUUUUCCGGGAAUUUAGUACCCCAUGGAUGUGUAUGGGUAUACAGACAUGGGACUACUGAGAAGUGUAAUGUACUUGCAACGACGCACCUACGCUCAGGUAAGAAGGUAAGUUACCAUAAUGAGUUGCCCUAUGGUUAAAGUGUGGCAACGGCGCCUAUGCGUGGCUCGGCGCUUAAUGAUGAGCUGGCCUCCAUAUAGCAAUAUAUGGAGUAUAAACUGUGAUAAACUGUCAUGUGUGAAUUGCAUCAUGGGCAAAUGGGUUGUGAUGAAUUUUCUGCAGGUACACUAACCUCGAAAACGUAAUGUUGGUGUGUGUGAUUUGUGUUACUUAAUCCCACGGUUCUGGUUGUAAGUGGUUUAUCCGGUGUCCUUGGGGCAAUCGGACGGAUCCUGUUAAGUUAUCUGGUGCACAUGCAUAGCAGUGUGAGGUCUUUGAGACAAGGACAGGUGCAUGUGGACCCAAUAACUUGGGAGGUUCUGCCACACCCUCAGCAUUUAAUGUGUCCUGUCCACUCUACUGGCAGGCGGCGCCUAGGCCAUCCUGCAGACGGCGUGCCUGUCCAGUCUAUUGUCAAACAGUAUGCACGUGCUACGAGGUGCACUGUGUCCAUCAUCACUUAUACGUUACCAGGGAAGCUUCCCCAGCACGCCGAUACUACGCAGAUCUCGGAUGUCAGGGCGCAAGAAGAUUUCUCCAGCAACAAACAUUAGUUGCUCCAAGUAUUACAUCCGUUAUGUUCCUAGGCCCACAUGUCGGGGCUUGGUACCCAUGUACGCGCCCCCUUAGCUAUAAAAGGGGAGGCAUGCAACGUUACAACACAGGCUAAAAGACAGACUCAGACUGAGGCUCACUCAGGCACACUUAAACGCUCACAAGUUCAUACAAGCUUAAUACAUCACACAAUGGAGUAGGGUGUUACGCUCCGGCGGCCCGAACCACUCUAAAUCCUUGUGUGUUCUUGUGUUCUCCCCAUAUUCCAACUAACAAGCAAAACGCUUAGGCCCCUCCUCAUCUUAGGAUUUAGGGCGGGUGCAUUCCGUCACCCGGCCGGAGAAUUUCCUCUCCGACAGAUAAGUUUGAAAAGAAGAAAGGGGCAGAUGCGAAGCGUAUUGCUGAUUUAGAAUAUGCUCUUUCUAUGCAAGUGGGAUUGCACAGAUCCGAGGUGCAAGGACUGGAGAAGAAGCUUGAUGAAAUCACUAAAAAGUUUAAUGUCGAACAAGCAAAACGCGAGAUAUCUGAUACUAAACGGUUAAGAGUUCAGAAAAACGUUGAGGAGCUUCGUCAAGCAAAAGAGGAGUGCUACAAUGUCGCCAUGGAUUGUUGCAACAAGCUGAAAAACAAUUUUGCUAAAGUUGGUGCAUUCUGUACUGAGCAGAAAUUUAUCUGUGGUGAUCCUUAUGGUGGGGUUAUCAGGUGGAUCGGUGGCGAGGCUGAAGCUUUUGAUGAAAUCCUUAGUGACAGAGGAGAUUUUUUUUGCCUUCAACGGCGCUCGAGGGGCUGUCUCGCUUCUUGAAAAAGCUGGUUGCGAGCAUGCAAAGGUUGUAAUUUAAGCAUAAUUCACCGUCUCAGCGAACGACAUCAAGGAUCCUUCAACCGAAGUUAUUGCUCUUAGCGGAAAAUUUUAUUCUGAAGUUUGGUUGAAAGGUGGUCGAGAAAUAAUAGAUGAGGCUAUUAGGAAGAAUGAGGAAGAAUCUCAUACUGCUUUAGAAGAAGUAAGGAAAGCUGAAGAAGCCGCGGUGCGUGAAAGGCUUAUAUGUAUAUUUGUCGUAAUUUAGCUUCGUAAAUUGUUUUAGCUUCAUAAAUUGUUUUAGCUUCAUAAUUAAUGAACACUUAUACUGCGGUGCAGCCAAUAUUUCUCCUCCUCCGGAGCCGUACGACCCUGAGGCUGAUCCAGCCUUGAAGGGUGCUCUUGAUGUAAUCAAAAUAGUUAAUGAAGCUGUUGAUGAAGCUGUGAAUAGGCUCCUGAACAAAGCUGCUAAUGAAGUCUUAAAAGAAGAUGAUUAGACCUUGUUUAUUAAAACAUUCGAAGAACUUUUUUAUGUUGUUUUCUUAUGUAAGAAACAAUUGUCAACUAUAUGUAUAUCUGAUGAUGUAAUCUAUUUCUUGUUGGAGCGUGAAA